AAAAAGUUAGCGUCCAUAAGUGAUUUAUGAAAUUGUCGAACUCGUGGACGGUCGAGAUAGCCCAUAGUUAUCUUGAACAAGAGACUACAGGGAGAAAUAAAAGUACAGAGCCGGAUGAACAGCCAACUGUGAAUUCUAAGGAAGGCAUGCAUCAGAAAUCCAAUGAAUUAGUUAAUGAAGCCACCCAUGAGGACACAGAACUGCCAGGGCAGAGAUCAAGGAAUUUUCCUUAUCCAGGUGAUGAGACAGCUGACUGUACUACUAAAAAAUCCAAUUUUUUUUAUUACAGCAUUAUGGAACAUAGAGAUAAUCAUUUGCAUUGUGAGUGUAUGAUCCCUUGUCAAGUUACUUCAGACUUAGAUAAAGAGAAGAAAAUAGCAUUUCUUCUAAAAGAAUUGGACAUUCUCAGAGCAAGCAAUAAAAAGCUUCAAGAAAAAUUGUAUAAAGAAGAUAAGGAACAGAGAAAACUAAAGCUUAAGCUGGAACUCCAGGAGAAAGCAACAGAAGCUUAUAUUGCUGAAAAGACAGCAGCUCUGGUUGAAGAAGUGUAUUUUGCACAGAAGGAACGUGAUGAAGCUAUUAUGUCUCGACUGCGGUUAGCCAAUGAGGAGAGAGAUGAAGCAAUUGCACGAGCCAAACAUAUGGAAAUGUCUCUAAAAGUGCUAGAAAAUAUUAACCCUGAAGAAAAUGACAUGACAUUACAGGAAUUACUGAACAGAAUAAACAAUGCAGACACAGGAAUAGCUAUUCAGAAGAAUGGAGCUGUAAUUGUGGAUAGAAUCUACAAGACCAAGGAAUGUAAAAAGAGAAUAACUGCAGAAGAAAUGAAUGCAGUGAUAGAAGAGCGGGAUGCUGCUUUGUCUCAGUGCAAACGGCUAGAGCAGGAGCUUCAUCAUCUGAAAGAGCAGAACCAGACUUCAGCAAACAACAUGAGACAUCUGACUGCUGAAAACAAUCAGGAACGUGCUCUGAAGGCAAAGUUGUUGGCUAUGCAACAAGCCAGAGAGACUGCAAUUCAACAGUACAAAAAACUAGAAGAAGAAAUCCAAACACUUCGAGUUUACUACAGUUUACACAAAUCUUUAUCCCAAGAAGAAAAUCUGAAGGAUCAGUUUAACCAUACCCUUAGUACUUAUGAAGAAGCUUUAAAAAAUAGAGAGAACAUUGUUUCCAUCACUCAACAACAGAAUGAGGAACUGUCUACCCAACUGCAGCAAGCUCUGACAGAUCGAGCAAACAUGGAAUUAGAGCUUCAGCAUGCCAUGGAGUCCUCCCAAGCGGCCAAUGACAAAGUGCAGAAGUUGGAAAGGCUGGUGGAUGUCCUGAGGAAGAAGGUUGGAACAGGGACCAUGAGGACAGUGAUCUGACUGAAAAAACGGCAGUCUGGGGAAGCAAUCACAUCUGGUGACCAGGCUGCUUCAUUCAACACUGUGUAAACACUAAAGCCUUAACUUAGCAAACAGUUGUUAGAAGUGGGACACUCCAACCACAUUCCAAGCUGAGAUAAAAUCAAAUCACAAAUGUUUAACCACUUUGCUGCUGACUUGAGUUAUUUAUCCAAAUGUAUUAACUACAGACUUUUACCAAUGAGUAGCUAUGAAGUUGCAGCUUAUUUUGUAACUAUUUUAUAUCUCACUGUAUUGAAUAUAAAUCUUCUUACCAAGAGACCAUUGUAGGUCAUAUCUUCACAUAUGACCCUUUCUGAGUCAAAAUGCAGCAAAGUAAAUAUUGUCUAAACCUUAAUCUACUGUGUUAGGUCAAAACUUCAAAUACAUGCAUUUUUCAAUAUAUAAUUUAUUUCUUAACUGAUGAGAGAAGCUCAGACAUGAGAGUGUAUGGUCUUCCUCCAAUGCAUACACAUAAUCUUUGUUAGUAUUAAAGAAUAUUAAAUCUAAAUACCAAGAAUUAAAUGUAUACUUUGUUCCAAUAAGAGUUUGAUAUUUUAAAAUUACAUUAAUCAAGGCAUGAUUUUUAUUUCACUACAAAUAAUGUGAACUGUUUUCAAUAAACAAAAAAGAUACUGUUCAUGUGUACUUUUAAAUUCAUAUUGUCAACAUUUUUUAAUGUUGUGACUGAAUAAUUAUCUGAACUCUAUUUAAGCUAUAGAGAUUGCCAAGUCUGUCUCGUAGGCUGGGACACCUUUGGCUUGAAAAUUAGCACGUGCCCACAUGACUUUAAAAGGCAAGAGGCCAUCAAACAUGUUAAGUAUUAUCACUUGAAUUUUUGUUGUGGAGGAGGGGAACCCAAUAUACAAUAAAAUUAUAAUGUAAAAAUAUAAGGACGUGGAAAAAAAGAAAACUGGCAAUUUGGGUGGUUACCUACUUUUUUCUUUUAUUUAAAAGAUAAUUUGAAGUAGUUAUGGCAUAGUAGUCACUUCUGAUCAUAUGAAAUUAUGAAUAAAACUAAAAUUUAUGUAUUUGGCUAUAGGAAAAAUUUCUUUUUUUUAGAUUGAAUAGAUGAGAGGCCAGUAGAAGAUGACUAUGACUGGAACAGGAUGAAAUAGGCAAGUAGAGAUUGAAUUAGUGAAAAUUUUGUAGGAAAGUGAAAAUUUUUUAAGGCCAUACAGUAUUUCAAUUGAUCUUUAAGAUUGAGCUAAGUUAUCUACCAUUGCUUGUUUUGAGGACAAGAACAGGACAAUUUAUUGCACCGUUCUUUCAUAUACCAAUGGAGAUUAUUUGUGUGAUUUUUUUUUUUUUUUUUUACUCUGCAGGAAAAUGUAAGGUGCUUUAUCACAGAGUGACAAAAGAAUCAAAAUGUUAACAAACUCAAUUUCUUCCUCAUUAAAUUUAUUAAAGGAACAGGCAGUUAGAACCAUCCCAUUGAGUUCCAAUUUAGAAUUUACUCAUGUUGCCUGCUUUUAAUUUUUCUUUAAACUGUUAGAAUUAGAAAAUAAGGAACAACAGGGGUUAGAAAUAAGCUAACUGGAUCUCCUCUAUAGCCCUAAAGAGAAUUAUAGCCUUUCAUAGGCCAGUGACUAGAUAAAUAGAAAAAUCUGAAAUAAUUUGGUCAGGCCUGGAGUCUUCUCUCUGGGCUCUAAUUGAAACACGUGCAGCUCCCUUUGUGAAGGAACAGUGCCUUUUAAGUCAUGCAGGUAAGCAAAGAGGAACAGUUCUUGUCACAAAAUAGUCCAUUCCUGAAUCCUCUUCAAAUAAAUCGCAAGUAAACUUGAAUUUUCAGUUUAGUCCGGAAGACGAAACAAAUCUUUCUUGAGUUAUUUUCCUUGGGGUUUUAUAAAACACACUCUAAGCAUAAAGACAUUUUGCAGUUUCCAGACAUCUCUUCCUAUCCCUAACUGAUCAGAUUAGAGCAACCAAUUCCUGUCAUUAAUAUCCAGAACUUUUAAAGAAUUAGAUAUUAUGAAGCUAAAUUUAUAAAACAAUUCUAACAUUUACUAUUGUGAAUGUAGAUAAUCACUACCAAAACAUCACAUCUCCUUGAAAAUUAGUCCUGUACAAAAUUACAGGUGCUAAGUAUUACAGCCAGAUGUUAUCAAUUGAUUUCUGGCACUUAAAAAUGUCCACCAACAAUGUUUCAAACAGUCUUUACAUUUUUUUGUCUAUGAAAGAAUGGCCCAGCUCACUGAAGAUCAGUUCUCCACAUAUUCGGUAGUCCAUGCUACCCAGAGAUGUUGCUUUGAGUUUGCCUUAAAUUUUAUCAAGUCUAAUUCCUUUGAAAACAUGAGAAUUCACUUACCAUUGUAAAAAUAAGUUCAGAAGAAAAGCAGAAAGAUAAUACAAACAUGUGUAGCACUUGAUUUAUUAUAAAAUCCUUUCACAUCUGUAUUUUUAUUUGAUCCUAUCGACAACCAUAUAAUAGUAAUAAUGAUAAAUUAUAUAUACAUAUAUAUCAACCACAUAAUAAUGAUGAUGAUAAUUGUAGUAGUAUCAUUAUUAUUACAUUUUACAAAGGAGGAAAUAGACUCAGAGGGUCUAGGAGUUUGCCAAGGACUUGUUAGGACUUACAACUGAGGUCUUAUGACUAAACUCCACACAGCCAUACCUCUCUAAACCUUUCUGUAAGAAAAAAAAUAUGAAAAUUUUAACUCUUGCAAUUUUUGUUAUUAUUGUGCCAUUUCUUUUCUACACAUACAUAUAAAUUUGCUAACAAUGGAGAUGGUAUGCAUUUCUUUCAGUGAAGUGCAGUAAUGUGAACUGCAUGGGCAAAUAGCAUCACAUCACCUCUCUAUAGUGUUAUAGUAGCAGCAUACUUUGCCUUAGGCUUCACUCAUUAGGAGUGACAAUUCAUUGUUAGUAAAAAAUAACCUUGAGUUGCUUUGUACUAUUUUUAAUUUGGCCUGAUGCUGAAACCUGACAGUGUAGUUUUAUCAAAUGGUGGUAUGAACUUCAAGGCUUAUUUUACCUCCUAGAGCAACUAUUAGAGAUAGAACUGGUUAUAGGCAAGAACUUUAUAAGCAAGGUUAUUCAUUAUAGGCAAGGUAUGAGGAGUUAUAGCAAAGUUAUUAGUUAAUGAUUAAUCUAUGAGAAAUUUUAAUUCUAUCUUUAUAACUAAGCCAUUAUGUUAAAAUUAUUUAAAAUAUUUGAAAUAUUUUAUGUAAUAAAAUAU